UACAGUCUGUGGUGUGAACCUCUUCCAGUAAAGCGCGCCAUCGCACGCAUGGCCACAGCGGCGCUCUCCCGCUCUAGACCUUCAUGAGCGCGCUGAGGAUUGUGGGAGUCGAGAGGACGCUGCCCGGGCUUGUUGUCACCGAACAUAGACCUUCUGCCGGGGCCUCUUCUGCCUAGCAAUUGAGACUCAGAAGAAGAGUCAUUGGCUCAGUGGGUAUCUCUGGUUGUACUCUCCAGUGCCAGCAGCAGAAUCCUGAGUUCCAGAGCUGAGCGCUGCAGGGAGCACCAUGUCGAGCCGAGGGGGAAAGAAGAAGGCGACCAAGACGUCCCGGUCCAGCAAGGCGGGGGUCAUCUUCCCUGUGGGUCGCAUGCUGCGCUACAUCAAGAGGGGCCUUCCCAAGUACCGCAUCGGUGUGGGGGCGCCCGUCUACAUGGCCGCCGUGCUGGAGUACCUCACCGCUGAGAUCCUGGAGUUGGCGGGAAAUGCAGCCAGGGACAACAAGAAGGGCCGCGUCACUCCACGACACAUCCUGCUAGCCAUCGCCAACGACGAGGAGCUCAACCAGCUGCUGAAGGGUGUGACCAUCGCAGCGGGCGGAGUCCUGCCCAACAUCCACCCAGAACUGCUGGCCAAGAAGAGAGGAGCCAAGGGCAAACUGGAGACCCCCGUCUCCCCCGCCCCAGAGAAGAAACCCAAGCCAACCAAGAGACCCAUGGCUAAGAAAUCCAGCGCGAAAAAGACGGGCGGAAGAAUUAAAAAGCCGGAGGAGGUGAGCAAGGCAGUGUCAGCAGACAGCACCACGGAGGGGUCCCCUUCGGACAGCUUCACCGUUCUCUCCACCAAGAGCCUCUUCCUGGGCCAGAAGCUCAACCUCAUCCACAGUGAGGUCAGCAACUUGGCUGGCUUUGACGUGGAAGGGGUCAUCAACCCCACCAACGCUGACCUUGAGCUUAAGGAUGACCUAGGUAACGCUCUGGAGAAGAAGGGUGGGAAGGAGUUUGCUGAAGCGGUCCUGGAGCUGAAGAAGAAGCACGGCCCUCUAGAGGUGGCUGGAGCGGCUCUGAGUGGAGGCUUUGGGCUACCUGCUAAGUACGUGAUCCACUGCCACAGUCCGAGCUGGGGGUCGGAUAAGUGUGAGGAGCUACUGGAGAAGACGGUGAAGAACUGCCUGGCCCUGGCCGACGACAAGAAGCUCAAGUCCGUGGCCUUCCCCUCCAUCGGCAGUGGCAGGAACGGCUUUCCCAAGCAGACGGCGGCUCAGCUCAUCCUGAAGGCCAUCUCCACCUACUUCGUGGCCACCAUGUCAUCCACCAUCAAGACGGUGUACUUCGUGCUGUUUGACUCAGAGAGCAUAGGCAUCUACGUGCAGGAAAUGGCCAAGCUGGAAACCAGUUAAACCCACCUUACGUUCUUUUAUGUUCAUUUUGUUCCGCGCCAACCCCACUAAAUAUCAAAACAUGUUUUGUGCUUGAAUUAUUUAUGUUUUUUAUCCCCCAUAUCUGCAUUGCCUUGUUUGAUUUUUGGGUUUAUUUUGUUUAACCUUUGAUUUAUAAAUGCAUCUACUGCACUAUUAUGACUACAGAGGAGAAAAAGAGAAAGAUAUUUAAUUAGAGAAAUGGAAAGAGGAUUUUCUUUGCAAGGGUUUUUGGGAUAGCCUUUAUGGGUUAGAGCAUGUGUUGGUCUCACUACACAUUUGAUAUCUGGGGUCGGUUGUUUUCAUCUUGAUUGCGUGCUUCUAAGUUUUCUCAGUUAGCUGCUGGUGGAACACGUGUCACCCUCUUUGUGGUAUUUGAUUCCUUGUAAGCGUCUACACAUUAUCUGAAUGAUUUAUUGCACUAAUGGUCUGUGUUGUGUGUGCCCAUCAAUGUUUAUAUCCAAUAUGUGUGGAAGUUAAAAGUAACUGAACAGUGACAAAUCUUUAUUUUCUAUUAUCUGUUUGGCAUUCUUGAAGGCAUAUGAAAUUUGAUAUGGGAAAUGGUAUGUCAUUGACAUUUGAUUGCAAUGAAAACAAAAGAAAUAUACUUGUAUCAUUUCGAUUUGUUUUGUGGCGGGAUGGGGACUGCUACACCAGCGGCCACUAGAUGGCGCGCUGUACUCAAGAAUUGGAGUUUCAUCAGGGCCAUUUUUCCGUGCUGGCAAAAACUGACGUGGGGGUCCACACAUAGAUAUGAGUUGAUUUGAGUUGGCUUGAAUUAGGAACACGAUGUGGAUACACACCAUAGAAAAUAUAGUUAUGCUGCAUUUGGACUUUUCGAUAACUUUCUUAUCAAUGUAAAUUGCUUUCUAUAAAUUGCUAUACAUAGCUAUUAUACACAAGGUCUGUAUAAAGUCCAGAAAUAAAAAUGCCUUUCAAAACGA